AUGUCGCGCCCGACUCCUGCAGAGCUUAUAAACUCUGGCAGCUACCUCGACCCGAAGUUUGAUCCGUACUCCCUAACAAUCCAGCAAAUAUUAGGCAUCUUCGGGUACCACAACAUCAAGUAUCCUUCACAGUACACCAAGGGCAAAUUGGUCCUGAUAUGGGAGGAGGAGCUCAAGCCCCAGAUCGACAAGUUCAAGAAAGAGAGGCAGCAAGAAGAGAAUCGCAAGGCUAGCAACCGCGGCAUCAAGGAUGGUGCUACCGGUAAAUUGCUGAGCGAAGAGCCCCAGCCUGUACGUCGAUCAUCCCGUCGGUUAUCUAAAGCACCAGCGGAACAAGAGUCUCCUGCACCUGCAGAACAGGAGCCGGCCCCUGCCAAACGCCGCAGGGCAUCUGCACAGCCCUCUCUUGGCGGACCAUCGCGACGAAGGCAUGCAAAGCCAGCUGAGCCAGCCGUGGCAGAAGAGAGCGAGCCGGAAGAGGACAUCAUAGUGCACAAAGUCGGUCGGAGCAAGAAAAGCACAACCGAUGCAGCAUCUCAAGCUCGACGUGUCUCGAAUGCUUUCCCCGAGGAUUCAGGGUGGGAAGAUAACAACGUCUUCCAGUCUGGUGCCGAGUCAUCACCGACCCGUCGGUCUCCAGCACGUUCACGAGCCCGUCGCACCGCGCCCUCACGAGCUUCGCUCAAAUCGCAGAAGUCAAUGUCCGCGCCUCCCGAGUACAUCUCAUCUCCUGAGAGGGAAAAGGGGCCAGAAGAAAUGUUCAAUAUCAAACCAACGCCAUCGAUUAAACCUUCAUCUCUCUUCAAGAUAUCCGCUGAAGUCAAGUCUCCUUCUGGUUCGAAGCUUGCAUCGCCAUCAAAAAUUAAGCCACUUUCGGGCAGGUUUUCGCCGCGACUGCCACCCGGCAUGGCGAGAGAACGUGCAAUACCCAGUCCGAAGGCAGAGAGUGCCCCUGCUGUGCCUAUGGCGCAGCCUGUGCCGCGAGUGUCGAAGCCGGAAGAAAGCAUUGAUCUGGAAGAGCAGCAACAGUUGGAUGCACUCCGGACGGCGAUAUCAGAAGAAUCGGCAAAGGCUCAGCCGGAACCGUCGGAGGAGAAAGCAGAAGGAGGAAUAGAGAAGGCAGUAGAGGAAAAGGCGGCCGUGGGUUCAGAUACAGUAGUGGGAGAAGAAGUCCUUGCGGUGUCGCAGCGAAUUUCGGAAGGCGGGCAAGUUGCACCUGCGCGACAGCAACCUGCAGCUGGGGGCCAUUCCUUACUGCUGCGGUGCUUCGUGGCCCUUCUCGCUCUCGCAAGCUCUGGUCUGCUAUAUCAAUACAAGAAUGAGUCGUCUGAGAUUGGGUUCUGCGACACCGGCAAGACGACGAAUGCGAUUCUGGAGAGCCAUAAGGAGUACUAUGCAGCUGUGGACAGCUGCAAUAGGGAGAACAGGACAACGCUCUACUUUCCAAACACUACGGCUCCGGUGGGGUACCCUACCCCUCCUCCGUCCGCUGCUGUUAGGAGCGCGAAGGGCGACUCGAACUACAGAAUCGCCACGACGGGUGCGGAAGCUUGCCCGCUGCCGUUCGUCCUCUCUAUUCCUCAUCCGGAGACUUGCACGCCCUGUCCCAAACAUGCAAGGUGUACGCCGUCCACGAUGACUUGCGAGAACGGAUACGUUCUGCGCCCACACCCGUUGCUCACUCUCCUGCCCGUACCUGGCACUCCCUCGCCGAAAUCCCCAUCUACCUCCCUCACCGUGUUCACGCGGCCCGGCAGCCUGUUCGCGACCGAUGCGGAUGUCCCGCAGCUCGUAUACUCUGCCAUCUCGCUGUUAUCCGAUGGCCUGCCCGGAGUCGGCCCGGUGGCAUUGCCUCCGCGGUGCGUCGAGGACCCGCGGCGCAAGCGUCAUAUCGGUGCUCUGGGUAAGGCAGUGGAGGCACUCCUUGCGGCCGAACGAGGAAGGAGGUUGUGCGAGGGCGUCGGGGUUGGUCUGCCCGAGGGUGAUGACCUUACGGAGGCCAGGCGAUGGGGCUUUGAGCUAGACAAACUCAAGGACGAGUUAAGGAAGAAGACUGCGCCCAAUCUACGUUCCACGCUAGACGAUACAUUCAACGAAGCGAUACAGCAGCUGGUGAAUUGGGGCGGCGUGUUCAUGGCCGAGGAUAAGGCAGAAGGCAAGCGGUACAUCGCGCACAAGACCCCUACGAUGGGCUGGGACUGCAUUAUCAAAGUCAAAGCUCGUGACGCUUGGAUGGAGUGGAGGAAGUCCGUGGUCGGUACCGCUGUGCUGGUCAUGGGCAUACUAGCAUUACGGCGCCGACGGGCCCAGAACGCAGUUGAGAAUGAGCGCGUCGCGUCCCUCGUGCAAGUCGCGCUCGACUUGCUCCGGAACCAAGAAAUGUCGCACCAUACGGAUCCUGUAUCGGCUCCACGCCCGUACCUGUCCUCCGUGCAACUGCGCGACCUCGUUCUUCAACAAGAACACUCUGUGGGCAAGCGCCAGCGCCUUUGGGAGCGCGUGGAGCGCGUGGUCGAGGGCAAUGCGAAUGUGCGCACUAACCUCGAGGAGGUGGAAGGUGGCGAUGAGCUGCGUGUCUGGAGGUGGGUGGGCAGCACUGGGCAGCUCAGCUCAUCUGCGUCAGGUGGCGCGAAGGAUACUGCUUCCGGUUAA